AUGCCGAUGGUGAAGCAUGGGAAUCCGAUUGCUUUCAUACGAAUUGAAAUCGCUCGAAACAUUAAAUCGUCGACUGCUUUCUUCUCCAAGCUGUGGACUCAUCUUCUCCGACGACGCAACAAUUCCGAUUCACCUUCAAUUCAAAGUCGGAAAUUGGGACAUCUGAGGUUCCAAUUGAAGGUUAGUGUCCAAUUCCAGAAUAUCAUGAUUGUGAUGUCUGGAAUAUUUUUUCCUCCUUCACGACUUCACGCUCAAUCUCACUUUCCAAUAGGUGGUUUUUUCCCAGGGAGAACAGGGAACAGAAAAAGCGAAAGGAAGGUUUGUUCUGAAGUUUGGAAUAAACUGGAACAUAGGAUUGGCACCCUUGAGUUUGACUGUGAUAGGAAAUCUAUGGGGGUAAUUUUGUCAUCAACUUGA